AUGAAUGCCUCAGGGUGCAUGAAGUCCCUGCUCCUGGCAGCCACAUGAGAAAAGGCUGAGAGAACUUGGUUGGCUUUCUCCCUUCAUCUCCAGGUUAUCUCUGGACUGAAGCUUACACGACUAUUUGCUUCAAACCAGAUUCUACCAAGUGAAUGUCUCAGCUGCCUAGUGGAACUCCUUGAAGAUGCUAAUAUAAACCCAUCUCUGACCCUGUCUGUCAUUACUUUACUGUCACAGCUAGCUUUAGACAGUGAGACUAGAGAAGCUCUUCAGGAUACCUACAAUCUGACCAGUGUGUUGGCAGGAGUGGUUCAUCGAAGUUCUACUAAUCUUAGUGACCCAGUCUUAUUGCAGAGCAUUCAGUUGCUGCAGAAGCUAACCUACAAUGUGCCAGUCUUUUCUGCUGGUGCCAACAUUGAUGAGUUAAUUUCAUUCCUAAUGCAUCACGUUCAAACCACUGAAGAUGAGUUAAUGAUACCAUGCUUAGGACUCCUGGCAAAUCUCUGUCGUCACAAUUUAUCAAUCCAAACUCAAAUAAAAUCUUUGAAUAACGUGAAGAGCUUAUAUCGUACCUUAAUAAGCUUCCUGGCCCAUAGUAGCCUGACUGUGGUUGUGUUUGCACUUUCAGUAUUAUCAAGCCUUACUUUAAAUGAAGAAGUAGGAGAAAAACUCUUUCAUGCUCGAAAUAUUCAUCAGACAUUUCAGCUAAUAUUCAAUAUUGUUGUAAAUGGAGAUGGCACUCUCACAAGAAAAUACUCUGUUGAUCUACUCAUGGAUCUUCUGAAGAACCCCAAAGUUGCAGAUUACCUUACCAGGUAUGAGCACUUUACCUCAUGCCUUGGUCAAGUAUUAGAUCUUCUUCAUGGAAGGGAUCCUGAUUCAUCAUUUAAGAUCCUGGAGCUGCUGCUUGCCUUCUGUUCGGUGGUGGAACUGCGUCAUACCCUGCGGCAGGCAAUACUGGAACCAGCUGGCUUGCCAGUCUCUGGAAAUGCCAGAUUUGUGACUCGCUCCAAGACUUUUGAACCAUCUGUUGCAUUGGUGCACUUGUCAAACCAACCAUUGGAAGGCUCAGCAGACUGUUCAGUUCUAGCAUUGCAAGUGUUGAAAGAGAUUUUGGAGGAUGUGAAUAACAGUGGGAACAGCACCUCAGCCAAACACUUAGUGGAUCUUUUGUUGCCUGUUCUUCUUGAUCAUCUUCAGAUGCCAGAACAGACUGCGGAUGAGCUAUUAGUGAAGAAAAAAUGUGAAAGAAUGGUCAAGGCUAUUAAUGUCCUGACAAUCCUCUGUAGUGAUGACACACUGAAAAUGCAUACCUCAAAGGUAUUGACUGCCAGCCAGUGCACAUCUCUAAUAGAACACCAGUUUACCUAUAGUGGGAUCGAUACUGGUUUGGGGACAAAAGUAGCUGACUCUAAAAUGUGCAAACUUGCUGCUGAUAUUAUUUUGAAAACACUUGACCUUAUGAGCAGACUGAAGCAAGAUGUACCUGGUAUGGAGGUCAGCUUCUACAAAAUUUUACAGGAUCAACGCUUGAUUACAUCUUUGACAUUUGCUUUAACAUCAGACCAUAGAGAGCAAGUCCAAGUGGGACUUAGAAUACUGUUUGAGGCUGCACCCUUACCAGAUUUUCCUGCCAUAGUGCUUGGAGAAAGUAUUGCAGCAAGCAAUGCUUACAGGCAGCAGGAGACAGAGCACACAUCCAAAAGAAUCCAAUUGCAGUCACCAGUGACCAACAUGACCUCAGUGAGAUGUUUUUCGUCCUGUCCUUCAGGUGAUGAAUCCACAAGUUCAAAUAUUCAGGAAUUAAUACAAAAACUUCGUUCUGGACUAGAGAUGAAGGAGCCUGUCCCUGGCAUGAGGAUAUCUGACAUAAUGGAUGUCUACGAGCAGAAGCUGUCAGCAUUAGCAUCUAAAGAAACCAAGCUGCAAGACCUUUUGGAAGCAAAGGCUUUGGCUCUGGCUCAGGCUGAUAGGUUGAUGGCUCAGUAUCGGUGUCAGAGAGCCCAAGCUGAGUCUGAGGCAAGAACUCUUGCUGCAAUGCUGAAGGAUGCAGAACGGAAAAAUGAAGAACUUAAUGAUUUGCUGAAAGCUCAGCAGGUGGAAUCUGAAAGGGCACAGACUGAUAUUGAACAGCUCUUUCAACACAACAGGAAAUUACAAACAGUUGCUGAAGAACAUGAAAUACUGAAAAAAUCCUCUGUUGAUCUUCUUCAGAGGUAUGAAACAACUGAAAAACAAUAUAAAGAUCUACAGAUUUCAUGCAAUUCCCUAAGCAAACAAAUGGAAGCAAUGAAGAAACUAAAUGAAUCACUCAAGCAGCAGAAUGACAGGACUGCUGCACAGUUGGUAGAAAUGGAAGAUCUCAGAAAAGAAUUACAGCAGCAGCUACAGGAGAGAGAUGGCAAAAUAACAACUCUGCAACAGAAAAUAAAAGCUCUGGAAGAAAAACUGAGAACUCAUCAGAAGGAACAAACAGAUAUGGAACAAGCUAUAGAUCUCCUUAGGAAGGAAUUGAGUAAAACAGAGCAAGCAAGGAAGGAACUGAGUAUCAAGGCAUCGUCUCUGGAAGUUCAAAAAUCCCAGUUGGAAGGGCGCUUGGAAGAGAAAGAAGCACUUGUAAAACUCCAGAAGGAAGAACUGAACAAACAUUCCAAUAUGAUUGCAAUGAUUCACAGUCUAAGUGGUGGCAAGUUAAGUGCAGAAGCAGUGAACCUCACUUUAUAA